AUGCUGCAGUCCAUUAUUGAGAACAAGCAAGUGCGUGCCCCUUUGCCCUAUCUGAGAGCUCUCCACGAUAGCCACCAGAGGAUCAGAACGAGGUGGAAAAAGGUCCCGACCCAGCGAAACCGAAACCCUAUCCACAUUGCUUCUUGCGUAGGACUGCUGCCGCCGCCGGCCGUGGCUUUCCCUCAACUCUGUGCCGACGGACUCCUCGGUCGUACACCUACUCACAUCCCCGCCGCCACCACGCGCGCUUCUCCUCCCCAACGCGGCUGCCGGUUUCUGCUCCGUCUCCUCCUCUGCGCCGGCGGCGGGCGUUAUUUUCUUCCCCGUUGCGGCCGCCUCAGCCGCAGCCAUGGCCGCAGCUGCUUCUGCAGGAGAUCGGUGCGGGGCGACGGCGGAUGGACGAGCAGGGCCGCGCCUCGAGGUAUACGAUUCGCCGGCGCCGACAUCGCUGGUGCGGCAGAGAUCUUGUUGCCGAUCCAGGAUGUGCCACGCACUUCCACCACCUCCCAGUACGCGCUGGAUGUGAAUGUGGAGAGGGUGGAGGACAUGGUGACGCACCAGCGGCUGCUCGAGGAGGCCCGAUACCUGCAGCACCGGCUUUCCUUGGAGGUGGGCGUCGUUCAGAUUGCAGAGAUACUAUCCAAGCUACAAAUAAAGGAGGGGGCAAAGAGAGAUUGUGAUGUAGGAUGGUUGCAAAAUAAGAAGGUUUACAAUGUGUUGCAGCAACAAUAGGUGGAACUACCAUUAGUGAGAGGUCCUCUUCCAGCUCUAGACAAAUAUC